UUUGCUCGCUUUCGAUGGGCAGUAUUAGUGCGGUAUAAACUAGCACGUGGUGUUACGAAGCAGGCCGACGAGAGUGUGUUUUUAAAGUUAACCGUUCCGUUGUGUGGUGCGUAUACGCGUAUUAUUCGUAUUCGGUAAUGGACUGUGCGUUGCAAUUAUGCGGCGGCUAAGACUAGCCUUAGCCAGGGUAUGAAUAUACACUCGCGCAUGUGUGUAUACAAUAAAAGUUUAUUGCCCAAAAUACAUACUACACAUACACAUACUUAUGCUUAGGUUACAAGUAUGUAGGGGCAUAUAUUUAUAUGAAAAGUGCUGUUUAAGUAGUUUUAUUUUCGGUAGUUGUGCGCGUUGUGCGGCACAAAGGCAGAAUAGCGGUAGUUGAGAGAAUAAGUUAAUAUGAACGCGGAAAGCGAAAUGUUUACACCCGAUUGGAAAUCCUCUAGUGGCAGACAUACAAACAUACAUAUUUAAUUGCGCCAAAAAGUAAUAUGGGACCCGCUGUAACGACAAUUUAUUGCAAAGUGAAAAAAUUAUUGACGAAGUCUUUAGUGGAGUUUACCAAAAAUCGCGGUGAUACCCGCAAAGGUAGUCAAACGAAAGCGGUGCGACUCCAACCGAAUAAAAACCCAGAAGCACUCAUUAAAAAGCAUUGGAUAAAGCAUAAUUCGUCAUGAACAUAACACAAGCAUUUAUUGGCAUAACAAUCACGUUCAUAACGUCAUUUACGUUAAUUCAAAUACAACUCAUUGGCGCCGAACCUAACCGAUUUAAACGGAUGCCAAUAUUGCCGUUCGCCGCUCCGUUCUCAAGCUCACAACCAGGCAGAGGGCAAGUUUAUCAAAAAUCUGGAAAUCAAAAGCUAAGCAUCAACUAUAAAGCUCAGAAUAACUUUACGAAUUGUACCAGUAAGCAGCAUGAAAAAAAGUUGAAAUUAUCAUGGAAAAGCUUUGAGCCGCAAUCGAAACUUCGAUUAGCGAACAAAGACCAGUCUGAUUGGCACCAGCGCAAACAGCGUAGCGUGUUCCACAUUCGCUGGAAUCCCAAUGAAAAAUACAUUGUGGAAAGUCGUGAGAAACCUGCAAUUAAUUCUUCAAAGCUCUCGCCACAUCCACGUCUUAAGUUAUCGAAAAAUACUAAGCUUACUUUUAAUCCAAAGUUAUUCGUUUGUCAUGAUAAGCUAUUGGAAAACUGCCACAACAAAACUGCGAAUUUUCGUCAACAAAUAAUUCAUAUUUUUGAAAAAUCACUGAUUGAUUUACCAAAAGAACCGAAUUUUUAUAACGUGGAUUUCACUCCUUUGUUCGCAAACAGUUUCGAAGAGCAAUAUUACCCGUCGGCUUGUUUAGUUAUGGAUGCAGGAGUGAGAGUAUUACGACGUAAAGAUCUUCCAUUUGACAAAAUCGAAAUUGGAAAACUAUUUCCAAAGCAAAAAUUAUUCCGAAAAACAAAAGACAUCAAGACCUGCGCCAUUGUAUCAAGCGCCGGAUCACUUUCCGGUUCCAAGUUGGGAAGAUUCAUUGAUACGCACGAUGUUGUGAUGCGAUUCAAUGACGCGCCAACCCAUGGAUAUGAAGGCGACGUUGGUAGUAAAACAACAAUUCGUGUUUUAAACUCGCAGGUGGUUACUAAACCUCAUUUCAAUUUUACUCAUGCACCAAUCUUUCAAAAUGUAACAAUUGCUGCUUGGGAUCCGGGGAAAUAUAACACGUCACUUCGCGAAUGGAGGGCAUCAGCGGACUACGACUUAUUUAGCAAUUAUGCGAUAUAUCGACGAAAUUAUCCAAAGUCACGAGCAUUCCUCAUCGAUCCCCAUUCGGUCUGGCGUCUUUGGCAAAGUUUACAAACUUUCGUCGGAAGACGUCCCAUACGUAAAAAUCCACCAAGUUCAGGUUUCAUUGGUAUGGCUUUGUUACUACCUCAUUGUCCAUUCAUAGAUUUCAUCGAGUAUAUACCAUCAACCCGUUUGAAUGGUAGAUGCCACUAUUAUAGCAAAGAGAUGAAUUCAGCUUGUACUUUCGGUGCGUGGCAUCCAUUGGCUGCUGAAAAAUUAAUGGCGCUGGAUAUGAACUCAGCAGACGAUACGUCAGUGUUUCAGCAUGGAAUAUUGCGCAUACGACGCCCAGAUAAAUUACUCUGUGGAUUUAAUUUUUUUGGAUAUUAAACUCAAGGCAAAAAGCGUUCGAUAUUGUGAACUAAUCCAACAGGGGCGCUCCAAACUGAAUCAGAUAUUUAAAACUGACGAUGAAUGAACUGCUCGGAACUCGGAACACUUUGCACGUCAAGACCAUUCACUUACUACCCACACAUAGUAAUUGAAAGCAUGAUGUACACAGUAAAAAUGUCAAAUAUUCACUAUAAAAUAUUUGUGUAGUUAGUGCCCCGUGAAUGAAUACAAUCAUAGAUAUUAAAAAAGGUGUAUUAUAUAAUAUAUACUUAGUUUAUUCUAUUGGAUUACUGAGUUAAAGCUUUCAUUAA